AUGGUCUCUAUCAUGGGUUUAUCAAAGCAUUUGCCUAUUUUAGCUGCGGUAUUGCUGGGUGUCAUACCCAGGGCAUCUGGCUUUUCACGCGCUUCGCAGGAUCUUGUUUCCCGUGCCGAUGUCGAACGUGCAGAUGGCUCUGCGCAUGCGAUGUACGCUCGCGAUGUCGAUCUCUACAUCAACUAUCUGUUAAACAGAAGAAGCCCAAAAGUAGCGCCUGUCCGUCCCAAGCAGAAGGCACCUGCCCGUCGUCCCAAGCAGCAGAAGGCACCUGCCCGUCCCAAGCAGAAGGCACCUGCCCAUCAUCCUAAGCAGAAGGCACCUGCCCAUCAUCCUAAGCAGAAGGCACCUGCCCAUCGUCCCAAGCAGCAGAAGGCACCUGCCCGUCCCAAGCAUAAGGCACCUGCCCGUCGUCCCAAGCAGAAGGCACCUGCCCAUCGUCCCAAGCAGCAGAAGGCACCUGCCCGUCCCAAGCAGAAGGCACCUACCCAUCAUCCCAAGCAGCAGAAGGUACCUGCUCAUCGUCCCAAGCAGAAGGCACCUCAGAAGGCACCUGCCCGUCCCAAGCAGAAGGUACCUGCCCGUCAUCCUAAGCAGCAGAAGGCACCUGCCCGUCAUCCCAAGCAGCAGAAGGUACCUGCCCGUCAUCCCAAGCAGCAGAAGGUACCUGCUCGUCAUCCCAAGCAGCAGAAGGUUCCUUCCCGUCAUCCCAAGCAGCAGAAGGUACCUGCCCAUCAUCCCAAGCAGAAGGCAACCGGCCAUCCUAAUACCAAGGCGGCCAAUCGGCCUAAAUCCGCCGCUAAUCCCAUGGGAAAGGGAGCCAUCUGCCGUCGAGGACCUGACGAUAAAGACGGCGCAAAGUGCGAGCUAACGGGUGGCAAAUCGUUUACUCCACCGAUAUGCUUUCAGAAUUACAAGGGCGUAGCAGCUGCACCACCUGCACCAGCAAGUGGUCCAUCGUUUAUUCCACCGAUAGGCUUUCAGAAUUACAAGGGCGUACCUGCAGCUGCACCACCUGCAGCGCAUGAACCACCUGCAGCGCCUGAACCACCUGCAGCGCCUGAACCACCUGCAGCGCCUGAACCACCUGCAGCGCCUGAAGCGAAAGAUACUCGUCACAAUGCAAAAUACUGGACCUUACCAGUGGGCCAGCUAGUACCAGUUGAUCAGAAGCAAAAGGGUCAUUUCCAGGCGCAAAGGGAUGACGUGACAGAGAAGCUCCAGGAUGUCAGAGUGGACCAAAUUAUUAAAAGUUACAAGGACAAAUCCUGA